ACAAAAAAUUAUAGUAUAUAAAAAUCUAUAUAUAAAUACAUAAAAAUCUAAAAUCAAACUUUGAAACAAUAGUCAAUAUCAUGGGUGUUUAAUUGUACUGUACGAGUUUUUAUCCAAUACCGGAACAUCAACCUGGUUCGGUCAUGCAUAAAUUUUAUAAUUAAAUCUUCAAUAUCAUUAACGAGGCUUACAUAGUUUGAUUUUGGAAUAAAAUCCUAACUUUAAACGCCAUUCAAAAUAUCGAAAAGAAAUGCAAAGGCUUUCACUGUAUUGCUUCACCCUUGCAGUAAUCUUUAACAAUCAAGAAUUUCCAGUUUUUUGCGCAGGAUUGGCGGGUCCAAGUCAAAUUGAUUUGGAAUCAGAAAAAACAUUGACAAUAUGCACAUCUCAAAAACGAUCUCUAACUUGCGGAUCACCGGGAUCAACUAUCGCCAUAACAGAUGUAUUCUGGGGAAGGCAAUCACGUGAUGUUUGUCCCUCGGAUGACGGUGAUGAGCACGUGGACUGUGGAGCGGCUAAGGAGACACCAGGGAUAGUUAGGAAUAUUUGUGAAAGCAAAGCCGCAUGUCAAUUGGAGGCAAAACACAAAGUACUACAAAAUCCUGAAACACGACAUUGUCCAGGUGUAAACAAAUACCUGCAAGUAAGUUACACCUGCGUUCCUGAUGCCAAAGAAGUAACGGUUUGUGAUGGUGAGCAAACAACGUUGAAAUGCCCAGCAUCUUUCAAAACCUUUAUUAACUCGGUGUUUUGGGGUCGGCAGUCAGUUAAUGUAUGUCCAGCCGAUAACGGUUUAUCUAUGUGCACUGGGGCAAGUGAAAGUCUGGACAUGUUGAAAAAGAAAUGUGAUGGAGGGGAUAAAUGUGACAUAACAGCAUCGUAUAAUGAGGUGCAAAAUGGAGGCGAAAAUUGUCCAGGAAUUCAAAAAUAUCUGAUCAUAAACUACAGCUGUAAGCCUGCCGGAGCUAAAGCAGACGAGGAUUCAGAACAAGAUGAUGGAGAUAAUGAUAGCGACGAUGUGAUGUCAAAGUCUCUUCCUUCAGGAAAUAACGUUCACCUCACAACUACAGAAAACAACCGUUUGGGAACAGGAGGUUUAAAAGCUUUAGAAAAAGUUAACACUUUGAUUAAGAAGUCAGAUGGUGAAAUAACUGACGAUCAAGAAAAGGCGAUCGAGAGAAUGAUAAUCGGAGGAUUAGAGGAUACACAAAAGCAAAAAACAGUAGACGUAAUGGGAACACCAAAAACAUCUAUUCCUAAAUUACACUCUAAAUCUGGUUCGGAUAUGAACAAACAGAUAAUGGAAUUAGCGAAACUUGUCGAUGAAGCAACAUCAAAAAUAAAUUAUAAGAAAGCGACAGUGGCAAAACCACAAACAAUCAACGGAAAUGUCAAAAAAGCAGUUAAAAGAUUGAAUGUUCCACAUCCUAUGGGAUUCACACAGCAUUCAACAACUUUAAACAAAGUGAAUACUACAUCUACAGUGCGGAGAAAUUGGUUGAAGAAAACAAACAAACGAAAUUCUAUUUAUGGAAAGAUAACGCCACAUUUGUGAUGUUGAAAAAAGUUUUUGAACAGAACUCAACGUUUCAAAUCUUCAAAAUUUAUACAAGUUUUCAAGACAAAAUGGCAAAUGAACUAUUUCGCAAAUAAGAACACUUUAAAUUGUAACAUAGCUGAAGAGUACUUUGUGAAGUAUUUAGAGAAGCAAAUAAAUUUUUAGUCAAAUAAA